AUGAUAAGGCGUUCCCAAACUGUACGGAACCAGCCACGCCCAUCUCUAGCCUUAAUAUCCGAUGAUCUUGGCACUCUCAGAGAAGGUGACGAGUCGAAUGAGGACAUUCUCCGGAAGCAACUGAUUGAGAAAGACAGAGAGUGUGAUCGCCUACAGACCCAAGUUCAGCAACUCCAGGCUCAGCUUGCUCAAAGGCCAUCGUUAGAAACAGUACAGGAGCUGAAAAAAGAUCACAAGAACUUGGAACUCCUUCUUCAGGGGACACAGAGGGAAAAUGAGCGUUGCAUGGCCGAUAUUGAGAGAGGGAAGACGCGUGAAAAAAUGCUAGAACGCGAAUUAGCUCGGCUGGCGGGAGACAAUUGGCAGUCAUCAUUAGACAUCACGCCGAGUCCAGCAACAUUCCAGCCGCGUGCCACUCUUCACGGACAUCGACAUUCACCUGCUCCUGCCGCGUCCGACGCCAGUGGUGACACAGACAAUGCGGCAUUGUUAGCGCGCCUUGAUCAGAUUCGUUUGACCGUUCUGGGAAUGGAGCAGAGGGCGUUGCUGAGGGAGGAGAAGCUCAACAAGAAUAUCGAAAUAGCAGAAGCAGAAGCUCGGAAGUACGAAGAUAUAUCCAAGUCCUUGUCUGUGUAA